AUGCGGCUUGCCCUCACUUCGCCGCCUCAGGCCCAGCAAAAGGCACGCGACGUGCGCAACGCCUGCCUGGCCGGGGAGGAUCUCUUUGAAUGCCCUGGCGGUUUCAAGGGUUGCUGCACCUCCAGCCCUUGCGGCAGCAAAGUCUGCACGCGCAGUGGUGAAGUCACCGACAAGAAGACGACGACCAUCGCAGCUGUCGCCCCGCCCGUCUUGGCCUCGUCGACCCCCAUCAUUCCAGCGAAGACCCUGCCCGAGAAGCAAGUCGGCGUCACUACCUAUUUCAAUAUCCAGCCAACUACUGGAGGUGGUUACUUCUCUGACAGCCUGACUCUGCCUUCACCCACAAUCGUCACCGCGAAUCCCAGCAUCACCGCCACUCAGGCCUCUGUCCCAGUCAUUUCAGCUACCGCACUUGCAACCAAAGAGUCGAAUUCCCAGCUAUCAGCUGCUGCCAAGGGUGGUAUCAUUGCUGGUGCUGCUGCAAUCGUGCUGAUCGUUAUCGUUCUCUACUUCAUGUGCGGCAAGCAGAGAAGGAAGCUGAGAAAUAAGGAUUCCAUCGACUCCCUCGACAAGCAUGGAAUCGAGGGCGGCGGUGCUACCGAGGAGGAUGGUCAUACCGAGCCGGCCAGCCCCUCACAGCCUGAUGGACCCCAUCAAGGAAGCCACGCGAACGAGACCAGUGAUGCGACCAGGCCUGAGGACGUCUUUGCAUCUUUCGGAGGACGAUACGAAGAGCCCCAGAGUCGUUUCAACCGGGUCAGCGACAUGAGCUCCAACAGCAGAAUGAUGAAUCACCCCGUCAGCCCCAUGUCUCGUGAGACUGCCUCUCUCCCAGCUCCUGCACCUCCAGCGUCUGCGGUUGUUGCUAGAUCCGUUACCGCCAGCCCUGACUUCGUGUCUCGUCUGGGCACAGCAACCCCUGAGCUCCAAGGCCCCCCGCAGCAGGCAGCCAUUGCCGAGUUGGCUUCUCCGGGACUCCCCAAGGUCGUCGAGAUCCACAGCAGCCGCAGUGGUAUCCAGAAAUACAAGCCCUACCGUCCCAACGCAACAAACCUGUAUCCGGUUGCUGAGACUACGCCCAGCUACCUUACGGGUACGUUGAAUGCUACAAAGGAGGAGCGAUCUCGCAAGACGUACGUGAACAGCUGGAAAGAGUGGGAGUCAACUGCCUGA